CUCUUAUUCUGAAGAGAAGUCUUACAUCCUUGUUUUCUAAAAUGAAACUCUUGGCUGCUCUCCCUCUUGUGUAUUCCAUCUGCAUUACUCACAUUGGAAUUCAUAAGAGCCGAGAGUGGAGAGUGAAGUGAGAGUUGAAACUACUGGAAACUGGAGACCUCCCCCAGGACAUCUGGUUCUCAAUACAGGAGCAACAGAACCUGUUUAGUCAGAAGAGUGGUAAGCAAUGAGUUCUAAACAGCAAUGUGUGAAACUGAACGAUGGCCACUUCAUCCCUGCACUGGGCUUUGGCACCUACAAACCGGAAGAGGUUCCUGAAAAUAAGCCACUGGAAGCUGUCCUUUUAGCUUUAGAAGCUGGGUUCCGCCAUAUUGAUACUGCUUAUGUGUACCAAACUGAAAACCAUGUAGGAAAAGCUAUUGGAAGCAAGAUUGCAGCUGGCCUUGUGAAAAGAGAAGAUAUAUUUAUCACUACAAAGCUUUGGUGCACUUUCCAUAGACCAGAGCUGGUAAGAUCUAAUUUGGAAAAAUCAUUGAAAAACCUUCAGCUGGAUUAUGUUGACCUCUACAUUAUGCAUUAUCCAAUGCAAAUGAAGCCAGGGGAAGACAUGUUUCCAGAAGAUGAGCAUGGGAAACCAUUAUUUGACACAGUGGAUAUCUGUGCCACAUGGGAGGCACUGGAGAAGUGUAAGGAUGCAGGACUGGUCAAGUCCAUUGGGGUGUCCAACUUUAAUAGCAGGCAGCUGGAGAAAAUUCUGAAUAAGCCUGGGCUCAAAUACAAGCCCGUCUGCAACCAGGUGGAAUGCCAUCUCUACCUGAACCAGAGCAAGCUGUUGAACUACUGCAAGUCAAAGGACAUUGUUCUAGUUGCCUACUGUGCUCUUGGAUCUCAACGACCUAAGCGAUGGGUAGACCCAAGCACCCCAGUUCUCUUGAAUGAUCCAGUUCUUUGUGACAUGGCAAAAAAGCACAAGCGAAGCCCAGCUCAGAUUGCCCUUCGAUACCAUCUUCAACGUGGAAUUGUGGUUCUUGCCCAGAGUUACAAAGAGAAUGAGAUAAAAGAGAACAUACAGGUAUUUGAAUUUGAGCUGCCCUCAGAGGAUAUGAAAAUUCUAGAUAGCCUGGACAGAAAUUUAAGAUAUGCACCUGCUCCAUUUGGAGAGGGGCACCCAGAGUAUCCCUUUUCUGAUGAAUUUUAAUGUGAAGACCUAGAUUAUGACUCAUAAACACAGUCUGAAAGUCCCUCUAUGUGGAUAGUGAUGUGUGUGACAUCCCAGCUGCUGCUGAUUCAACAUGCCACUUCUGCUCAGUCUGAGCUGCCUGACAAGCCUCCUUCAGCCAGAACUGGGUCCACCAGUCUGGAACAUAAGUCAUUACAUUUCCAUCAUUCUUUCAAAGUGUAAUAAUAUUUGCUAUAAAGGUCUUUCUUUGGUCAAUA